AGCGAGAGUGCGGGCGUAACCGUCACGUGACCGCCCACCGUCGGCCGGGCGCUCCCCUCCGCCCGUCGCUAGCGAGCGGCGCGGCCAAUGAGAAAGGCGCAUGCCUGGCCCCCGCCGGCCCGCAGUCUAGCCGUAGUGCGCCUGCGUGCGACUAGGCGGGGCGGUCAGGCGGGGAUACAGCCUGGAAGGUGCGUGUGGGUCUGGGUCUCGGAGUGGGAGACGUGGAGUGCAGGUAAUGCAUGUCCAUGGUACACAAAUUCACAAGGUUUGUAAACGAGAAAAGACGUGAGGUUCCUUUUGUUCUUUACCUGUGGCGUCCCUGCCCUACACAGGGACUCUAGGGUGGAAUGUAGCAAAGCCCAUCCACCCGCUAUGUACUACCCCCAAACCUGGCCAGGUUGGAGCGACCGUGUCUGGGGACCGGGGCCCCCCUUCUCGCUGCGGUGAGCCCGGACUGAGGCCGCACUGCGCAGACUCCCCGCUGCAGUGGGCGGAGCUCCCGCAGGCCCCGCCCCCUCCUCCCGCCCCCGUUCAGCCUGUCCAGGCAGAAGCUGGGGCCCAGCGGAGGUAGCAGCAGACGCCUGAGAGCGAGGCCGAGGCCCCUCAGGGCGUAGAACACCCCACACAGUGCCCACUUUUGUUCUGCCAGUUUGGAGACCCUGACACACCCACCUUCUCACCUGGGCUCUGCGUAUCCCCCAGCCUUGAGGGAAGAUGAAGCCUAAACUGAUGUACCAGGAGCUGAAGGUGCCUGCAGAGGAGCCCGCCAAUGAGCUGCCUAUGAAUGAGAUUGAGGCGUGGAAGGCUGCGGAAAAGAAAGCCCGCUGGGUCCUGCUGGUCCUCAUUCUGGCGGUUGUGGGCUUCGGAGCCCUGAUGACUCAGCUGUUUCUAUGGGAAUACGGCGACUUGCAUCUCUUUGGGCCCAACCAGCGCCCAGCCCCCUGCUAUGACCCUUGCGAAGCAGUGCUGGUGGAAAGCAUUCCUGAGGGCCUGGACUUCCCCAAUGCCUCCACGGGGAACCCUUCCACCAGCCAGGCCUGGCUGGGCCUGCUCGCCGGUGCGCACAGCAGCCUGGACAUCGCCUCCUUCUACUGGACCCUCACCAACAAUGACACCCACACGCAGGAGCCCUCUGCCCAGCAGGGUGAGGAGGUCCUCCGGCAGCUGCAGACCCUGGCACCAAAGGGCGUGAACGUCCGCAUCGCUGUGAGCAAGCCCAACGGGCCCCAGCCACAGGUGGACCUGCAGACCCUGCUGCAGAGCGGUGCCCAGGUCCGCAUGGUGGACAUGCAGAAGCUGACCCAUGGCGUCCUGCAUACCAAGUUCUGGGUGGUGGACCAGACCCACUUCUACCUGGGCAGUGCCAACAUGGACUGGCGUUCACUGACCCAGGUCAAGGAGUUGGGCGUGGUCAUGUACAACUGCAGCUGCCUGGCUCGAGACCUGACCAAGAUCUUUGAGGCCUACUGGUUCCUGGGCCAGGCAGGCAGCUCCAUCCCAUCAACUUGGCCCCGGUUCUAUGACACCCGCUACAACCAAGAGACACCAAUGGAGAUCUGCCUCAAUGGAACCCCUGCUCUGGCCUACCUGGCGAGUGCGCCCCCACCCCUGUGUCCAAGUGGCCGCACUCCAGACCUGAAGGCUCUACUCAACGUGGUGGACAAUGCCCGGAGUUUCAUCUACGUCGCUGUCAUGAACUACCUGCCCACUCUGGAGUUCUCCCACCCUCGCAGGUUCUGGCCUGCCAUUGACGAUGGGCUGCGGCGGGCCGCCUACGAGCGUGGCAUCAAGGUGCGCCUACUCGUCAGCUGCUGGGGACACUCGGAGCCAUCCAUGCGGGCCUUCCUGCUCUCCCUGGCUGCCCUGCGUGACAACCAUACCCACUCUGACAUCCAGGUGAAACUCUUUGUGGUCCCCACGGAUGAGGCCCAGGCACGAAUCCCAUAUGCCCGUGUCAACCACAACAAGUACAUGGUGACUGAACGUGCCACCUACAUCGGAACCUCCAACUGGUCUGGCAACUACUUCACGGAGACGGCGGGCACCUCACUGCUGGUGACACAGAAUGGGAGGGGCGGCCUGCGGAGCCAGCUGGAGGCCAUUUUCCUGAGGGACUGGGACUCCCCUUACAGCCAUGACCUUGACACCUCAGCUGACAGCGUGGGCAACGCCUGCCGCCUGCUCUGAGGCCCGAUCCAGCGGACAGGCCAAGGCCUGCUAGGCCCCCGCGGACCCAGAUGCUCUGGGUCACGGUCCCUGUCCCCGUGCCCCCGCUUCUGUUGCCCCAUUGUGGCUCCUCAGGCUCUCUCCCCUGCUGUCCCACCUCUACCUCUGCCCCCACCGGCCUGACGCUGUGGCCCCGGGACCCAGCAGAGCUGGGGGAGGGAUCAGCCCCCAAAGAAGUGGGGGUGCAUGCUGGGCCUGGCCCCCUGGCCCACCCCCACUUUCCAGGACAAAAAGGGCCCAGGGUUAUAAUAAGUAAAUAACUUGUCUGUACAG